AAGCACAGAUAUUUUUGACUACACCUACAUUGACGCCUUUGGGAAGGGUAAGCAGCUGACGGUGAAGGAGUGCGAGUACCUUAUUGGCCACCACGUGACAGAGGAGUUCUAUGGAGUCGUGACUUCAAAAGAGGUCUUGCAGCGUAUGGUGGGAAAUCUCUUAAACCUUGGCAAGCGAGAAAGCACUGAUCAGUCUUACCAGCUCUUGAGAGACUCAUUGGAUCUAUACCUGGCCAUGUAUCCAGACAACGUGCAGCAUCUAAUGCUUCAGGCUAGAUUAUACUUCCACCUGGGAAUCUGGCCAGAAAAGGUUCUGGACAUCUUACAGCAUAUUCAGGCUUUGGACCCAUCCCAGCAUGGGGCUGUUGGGUACUUAGUUCAACACACCCUGGAGCAUAUUGAGCGUCGGAAAGAGGAGGUGGGACCUGAAGUGAAGCACCGUUCAGAUGAGAAGCACAAGGAGGUCUGCUUUUCCAUCGGGCUGAUUAUGAAACACAAGAGAUAUGGCUAUAACUGCGUGAUUUAUGGCUGGGAUCCCGCCUGCAUGAUGGGGCACGAAUGGAUCCGGAAUAUGAACGUCCACAGCCUUCCACAUGGCCCCCACCAGCCUUUCUACAAUGUGCUAGUGGAAGAUGGCUCUUGCAGAUAUGCUGCUCAAGAGAACCUGGAAUAUAACACUGAGCCUCGGGAGAUCCCUCACCCUGACAUUGGCCGCUAUUUUUCAGAGUUUACCGGCGUUCACUACAUAGCAAAUACUGAGCUAGAAAUUCGGUACCCGGAGGAUUUGGAGCUGACACGUGCCACAGUUCAGAAGAUCUACAGUUCAGGCAAGGAGUGAGUGCAGAAGGCGUCGUGGGGACAGAAGCAGCUGGAGUGUAGCUUUACCUUCUUUGCAAAACUUGCGUGGAAGGCAAGUUUGGUGACAAUCCUUUGGCUUUAAUGCAUUGAAAACUGCAUUGAACUUUGUAACUGGUGC